CACAGAGGCAGAGCGACCCGCCCACUUCUUAGCCCCUCCUACCAGCGGCAAAAGAAAUUUCUUCAAGUCGGAACUGUGAGGGGGGGAUCCUGACUGACAGAACGCUAGAGGCACAGAAGAGCCUGAGGAUUCUCAUUUUACCCGGGGAACUGCUUAAAGAAGCCAGAUUACCAGAGAAGAUCUGGGGAGUGCGACAGUUCUGCAGCUGGGAUCAAAAUGUCAUUCAUAGAUCCUUACCAGCACAUUAUAGUGGAACACCAGUAUUCACAUAAAUUCACCGUAGUGGUUCUACAUGCCACCAAAGUAACCAAGGGGACAUUUGGUGAUAUGCUUGACACUCCAGAUCCAUAUGUGGAACUUUUCAUCUCUACAACCCCUGACAGCAGGAAGAGAACAAGACACUUCAAUAAUGACAUAAACCCUGUGUGGAACGAGACCUUUGAGUUUAUUUUGGAUCCUAACCAGGAAAAUGUUUUGGAGAUCACACUGAUGGAUGCCAAUUAUGUCAUGGAUGAAACCCUCGGCACAGCUACAUUUCCUGUAUCGUCAAUGAAAGUGGGAGAGAAGAAAGAAGUCCCUUUUAUUUUCAACCAAGUCACCGAAAUGAUUCUGGAAAUGUCUCUUGAAGUUUGCUCAUGCCCAGACCUACGCUUCAGCAUGGCGCUGUGUGAUCAGGAGAAAGUUUUCAGGCAACAGAGGAAAGAGAACAUAAAGGAGAACAUGAAGAAACUCUUGGGUCCAGAAAAGAGCGAGGGGCUGUAUUCCACACGGGACGUUCCUGUGGUGGCCAUUUUGGGUUCAGGUGGGGGUUUCCGGGCCAUGGUGGGAUUCUCUGGUGUGAUGAAGGCACUGUAUGAAUCGGGGAUUUUGGACUGUGCUACCUACAUUGCUGGCCUUUCUGGCUCCACAUGGUACAUGUCAACCUUGUAUUCGCACCCUGAUUUUCCAGAGAAAGGUCCAGAGGAGAUUAAUGAGGAGCUAAUGAAAAAUGUUAGCCACAACCCUCUCUUACUUCUCACACCACAAAAAAUUAAAAGAUACAUUGAGUCUUUAUGGAAGAAGAAAAGUUCUGGCCAGCCUGUCACCUUCACUGAUAUCUUUGGGAUGCUAAUAGGAGAAACACUAAUUCAAAACAGAAUGAACACGACUUUGAGCAGUUUGCAGGAAAAAGUCACAGCAGCCCGGUGUCCCCUGCCUCUCUUCACCUGUCUUCAUGUCAAACCUGAUGUGUCGGAGCUCAUGUUUGCUGAUUGGGUUGAAUUUAGUCCAUAUGAGAUUGGCAUGGCAAAAUAUGGUACUUUUAUGGCCCCUGACCUGUUUGGAAGCAAGUUUUUUAUGGGAACAGUUGUAAAAAAAUACGAAGAAAAUCCCUUGCAUUUCUUAAUGGGUGUCUGGGGCAGUGCUUUUUCUAUACUGUUCAACAGAGUCUUGGGAGUUCCUGGUUCACAAAAUAAAGACUCUACAAUGGAGGAGGAAUUAGAAAAUAUUACAGCAAAGCACAUUGUGAGUAAUGACAGCUCGGACAGUGAUGAUGAGGCCCAAGGACCCAAAGGCACGGAGAAUGAAGAUGCUGAAAGGGAAUACCAAAACGACAACCAAGCAAGUUGGGUCCAUCGCAUGCUAAUGGCCUUGGUGAGUGACUCAGCUCUAUUCAAUACCCGAGAAGGACGCGCAGGAAAGGUGCAUAACUUCAUGUUGGGCUUGAAUCUCAACACAUCCUAUCCACUGUCUCCUCUGAGAGACCUCAGCCCCCAGGAUUCCUUUGAUGAUGAUGAACUCGAUGCAGCUGUGGCAGAUCCAGAUGAAUUUGAACGAAUAUAUGAACCACUGGAUGUCAAAAGUAAAAAGAUUCAUGUUGUAGACAGUGGCCUCACUUUCAACCUGCCAUAUCCCUUGAUUCUACGACCUCAGAGAGGGGUGGAUCUCAUCAUCUCCUUUGAUUUUUCUGCAAGGCCAAGUGACACAAGCCCUCCUUUCAAGGAACUUCUGCUUGCAGAGAAGUGGGCUAAAAUGAACAAGCUCCCCUUUCCAAAGAUUGAUCCUUACGUGUUCGACCGGGAAGGACUGAAGGAGUGCUAUGUUUUUAAACCCAAAAAUCCUGAUGUAGAGAAAGAUUGCCCAACCAUCAUCCACUUCGUUCUGGCCAACAUCAACUUCAGAAAGUACAAGGCUCCAGGUGUUCCAAGAGAAACCAAAGAAGAGAAAGAAAUAGCUGACUUUGACAUUUUUGAUGACCCCGAAUCGCCAUUUUCAACCUUCAACUUUCAGUAUCCAAAUCAAGCGUUCAAAAGGUUACAUGAUCUGAUGUACUUCAACACAUUGAACAACAUUGACGUGAUAAAGGAUGCUGUUGUUGAGAGCAUUGAAUACAGAAGACAGAACCCAUCUCGUUGCUCUGUUUCCCUCAGUAAUGUUGAAGCAAGAAAAUUCUUCAACAAAGAGUUUCUAAGUAAACCCACAGCAUAGAUUGUGUGCUGGAAGGAUCAAGCCAUUUGAAUUCAAUGACAAUCGGAGAUUAUCUGACUGAGAAAAAGAGACUGGAUGAGACUCAGAGCGGUAAUUAAAUUGUGUGGUUCAUGGGAAAAGGUGUUGAUUAUGUAGUACGUGGCAAGAGUUUCUGUCAGUAUGAAUUUUCUGACAGAGACAUAGGGAUAUAUACUGUAUUUUGAACAUUCCUCACCUUUUUUUUUAACCUGUGCUUUUUAUAUAUAUAUAAAAUGUGGUUUUCUUUUUAAAAUAUUUAAUAGUUUAACACAGUAAAUAAGGCUUCCCAUUGUGUGUGGACGUUAGUCACGAUUUGUUCAUGCCAUAGUACAACACUAUUUUUAUUUAAACAUCCAUAUAUACACAUAUGAAAUAAAUACUUUGAGGUACAAAUCAUCAU